GAAACAGUCAUCUUGCGUAGCUCGGCACGGUUGGCUUUGUCCCCCGAGCGAGCACCGAAGCGGAACCAUUGCUGCUUGAAUGAGAAGCAAAGCGCAGCUCUCCAAUCUCCUCCUCUCCUGUUCCGACGCCAAAACCCUAACCAAUCUCCACUCCCUCCUCCUCCGCACCGGCCUCCUACCCUUCAAUUACUUCUUCGCCACGAACCUCGUCUCGUCCUACUCUAACCUUCGUUCUCUCGACAGCGCCCGCAAGGUGUUCGACGAAACACCUCAUCCAAACACCCGCCUUUGGAACGCCAUCCUACGUGCACACUCCCUAGCUCACCAAUGGCGCGAUGUGCUCUUCCUCUUUCCUCGCAUGAACCACCAACCUGACUGCUUCACCCUUCACAUCGUUCUCAAGGCCUGCGCGGCUGUCCCCGACCUCAAUCUCGGCCGUGUCAUUCAUUGUCUUGCUGUGAAAAACCCGACCGCUCAUUCAGACAUGUUUGUUGGUGCUGGACUUGUAGAAAUGUAUGGAAAGUGUGGGGACAUGGGUGGUGCACGCAAAGUGUUUGAUGAAUUUCCUGCACCAGAUGUUGUGCUCUGGACCUCAGUGGUUUCUGGGUACCAGCAGAACGGAUUGGCCGUGGAUGCAGUGUUGUUCUUCUCGGACAUGGUGGUUGGGCAUGGUGUCACUCCUGAUCCAGUAACGCUUAUAAGCAUUGUAUCAGCUCUCAGCCAAUUGGGCAACCUUCGUGCAGGUAAAUCUUGUCAUGCAUAUGUUCUUAAGAGAAAUUUACUAUCAAAAUUAUCACUUUGCAAUUCCAUUUUGAACUUUUAUGCGAAUUUGGGCACCGUUGAAUGGACACAGAGGGUAUUUGAUUAUAUGCCUGACAGAGAUGUGGUCACUUGGAGUUGUAUGAUCUCCUGUCAUGUUCGAACUGGGAAUGCUGUUCAUGCGCUUGAUGUUUAUAGAACAAUGGUUGGGAAUGGUUUGGAGCCGAAUUCAAUUACUAUGGUUAGUGUUCUGCAAGCAUGUGCAUUAGCUAUUGAUUUGGAAGAAGGAAGGAGGAUGCAUGAGCUUGCGAUCCAAAAAGGCUUUGAAUUGGAUUUAGGUGUCUCGACCUCUCUAAUGGACAUGUACAUGAAGUGUUCUUGUUACAAUGAGGCAAUUGAUCUCUUUCAUCGAAUGCCAAAGAAGGAUACCGUCUCUUGGUCUGUAAUGAUAGGCGGAUGUGCUCAAAAUGGCUUUGCGGAUGAGUCAUUAAGGCUUUUCCGGCGCAUGUUGGAGGAUCACGCUAGUCCAGAUGCAGUUACUAUAGUGAAGGUCCUUUCCGCAUGCUCACAGUUGAGUAAUCUUCAUCAAGCCAUUUGCCUCCACAGCUACAUAAUCUUCAGUGGUUUCGACAACAAACUCUUUGUAAACACGGCGCUUAUCGACCUUUACUCCAAAUGUGGCAGCUUGACUGACGCAUUUAAGGUGUUCAAUUCUGUCACUGAUAAAGACGUGGCCGUGUGGUGUUCUAUGAUCACAGCCUAUGGAAUUCACGGUCACGGUAUCAAUGCCAUUACAUUGUUCCAGCAAAUGAUUGAUUCGUCGAUCAAACCAAACAAUGUCACAUUUGUAGCAGUCUUAACCGCUUGCAGUCAUGCAGGUUUGAUUGAAGAAGGCAAUAAGAUCUUUUAUAGUAUGCAGAAUGAAUAUGGUAUGUUGCCUAAUUCAGAACAUUGUAACAUCAUGGUUGACAUGUUUGCGCGGACCGGUAAAUUGCGGGAGGCUUUGAAGGUUAUUGAGGGGAUGCCGGCGGCGGGAGUCAGCCCCCAUGCUUGGUGUGCAUUGCUUGCUGGUUGUAGGAUUCAUCAGGACAUCAAAAUGGGCAAGUUUGUGGCAAUGAAAUUGCUUGAACUGGAACCUGAACAUGCAGGGUACUAUAAUUUGAUGUCUAAUAUGUAUGCUUUUGAUGGAAAUUGGGACAAUGUGAUUGAAAUUAAGAGUGUAAUUAAGGAGAGAAGAUUGAAGAAAACAAGUGGUUAUAGCUCAAUUCAGAUGGGUAAUGGAAUUCAAUUUUCUUUUUGAAUGUUUUAUGGAGUUG